AUAAUCAGAAAGCAACAUUGAAAAUGACAUAUAAACAUGUGAAAUUAAUCUUAUCCAAGUACUGAAAAGAUAAAAAGUUUUUUAGAUAUUAAUGUGAUAAUAUUAUCACUUACAAUUAAAUCAUGAUCUUAUUUCCCCAUUUAGUUUAUGUGGAGGCUGUAUGAUGAGCAUCUUUUACUUAGCUAUUUUUAUUUUUUGUUUUGUGGAAGGAUUCGGCAAUCCUUGUAAACCGCAUUCCUUUGGGUCAGAAAAGAUUGUUUGCGUCUGUGAUGAGAGUUAUUGUGAUGAUUUAGUCCUUUUAUCAAAUUAUUCAGGAGCAGCCCUCUAUGAAUCAAACAAGAAUGGUGCCAGAUUUGAAUCUUCAAUUUUAAAUUUUAGUUCUACUAAGCCAUCUGGAGUCAGUUUGUAUACUGUUAACAGUUCAGUAAUGUAUCAGUUCAUUUUGGGUUUUGGAGGAGCUUUUACUGAUGCAGCUGGUAUCAACAUUGCUUCUCUGUCUCCAAAAUUACAGAAAUCGCUUCUCUCAAGCUAUUUUUCUAAAAAUGGGCUUCAGUAUAAUAUGGGAAGAAUUCCAAUUGCCAGCUGUGAUUUUUCUACACAUCCCUAUUCAUAUGCUGAUGUCAAGGAUGAUUUUAAAUUAGAACACUUUCAGCUGGCUAAAGAAGAUCUACUUUAUAAAAUUCCGUACAUUCAGUCAGCCAAUGCUUUGAGCAAAAACCAGUUGCUUCUUUUUGGGAGCCCCUGGAGUGCUCCCGCAUGGAUGAAAACCAAUGGAGCCAUGAAUGGUAAAGGAGAACUCAUUGGUGAACCUGGAGGGCAAUAUUAUCAAACAUGGGCAGAUUAUUUUGUGCGAUUCUUGAAGGCAUAUGAGGAAAAUAACGUUACCUUUUGGGGUCUGACAUUGCAAAAUGAACCAACGGACGGAUGUCUUACAGAUUUUGCUUUUCAGUCUAUGUGCUUCCCUCCCGAUAAGCAGAGAGACUUCCUGAAACUCAAUUUAGGGCCUACCUUGCAGAAGGCAGGAUUCGGCCCCAAUAACUUGAAACUCAUGAUAAUGGACGAUGCCAGGGGGCUCUUGCCAAGAUGGGCCGAUAUUAUAAUGAAAGACAAGGAGGCAGCCCAAUUUGUAUCAGGUGUUGCCUUCCACUGGUAUUAUGAAGAUCUGAUGCCUCACAGGAUUCUGGACAUCACUCACGGCAAACAUCCCUCUCUUUUCUUCCUUGCGACUGAGGCGUGUACAGCUUAUGAGCCAUGGGUUUUUCCGAAGGUUGAUCUGGGAAAUUGGGAGAGAGCAGAACAAUAUGCUCAUGACAUUAUACAAGAUUUGCUGAAUUGGUCUAUCGGUUGGAUUGAUUGGAAUUUAGCGUUGGACAUGGAGGGUGGUCCAAACUGGGUGAAGAAUUUUGUUGAUGCAGCAAUCAUUGUGAAUUCUAAAUCCAAAGAAUUCUACAAGCAGCCCAUGUAUUAUAUAUUGGGUCACUUCAGCAAAAGUUUGCCAAGGGGAUCAUAUAGAAUCGCCUUAGAUGUGUCAAAGCCAGUUGAAAAUCUUGAAAUCGCAGCAUUCAGGACUCCUGAGGAUAAGACAGUUGUCAUUGCAGUGAAUAGACAAAACGAAACUUUGAAGUUUGCAUUAGAGGAUAAUUCAAAGGGCUAUCUAAAUGUGAAGAUCAGAGCCCAUACUAUACAGACUUACAUAUGGUAAUAUACUUAAUUCCGAAGCAAUACUUAGAGCUUAUAUUGAUCUAAAACGGGUCCAUUUCAUUAUAAAAGAUUAAAUUAAAUGUUCAUGUUUUUGUCUUUUUAUGUAUCUCUGACUCUACAAAUUUUUAUUUAUGUGGUUGUAAUGUUUUGACAGAGAAUAAACGAUUUAAAUUUUUUA